AUGGCUUGGCUCUCGACAUUUGUGCCGUAUCGGCGGCAGCCGCUAAGUGUCCAGCUGGCCUGGAAGAAGGAGCUACAAUGUCGGCGGCAGGAGCAGUUGGCCCUCAAUGCCAAGUACUUGAGGGAAGAGUGUGUCCGCAAUCAUUUCUACAACGAAUGGACCUCCCGACACUCCUUCGAACAGAGUAUGUCAGCAUAUUGUAAACAGAAACUGGAGGAUGAGAAAAUGGACAAUCUGGAACAGCGCAGGAUACGACUCAGGGACAUGCUUAAAGAGGAGCAAAAGCAACAUGAAAUGGAGCUCAAGCAGCUGCAAUCUCGGGGAGGUGCAAUGUUGAAAAAAACAGAAGAGCAGGAUUUGUUAAGAGGGGAGAGGAGAAAAAAGCUAGCACAGGAGCUUCUGAAGGAACACCGGAAGAGAACCAACCCCAUAUUGCAACAGGUUGAGACGAGAUCCCCAGAGAAUGUCAACCAGUUGCCAGUAGAAAACGAACGUGAGAUGACCCCAAAGGAAGACCUUGAGAAGAUGGAGCACUCAGUGGAGAAUGAGGAUUUUGAAGAGCGUAAGAGAGAAGAACUUCUUCAGAAGAAAAUGGAGGAACUGAAACGGAUGGAAGAGGAGGCGACUCGUCUAAAGGCGGAUGAAGAAACUUUACAGAUCAAGCUUUGGGAGCUUGACAAGUUGGAGUUGGAGAGAAAAAAAUUUGAAGAAAGGCACAAGAUGGCUCAAAUGCGGCGUUUCCUCACCCGACAAUACCGAGCCCAGCUUAGGAGUAGAGCUCAGCAGGUGCAGGAAGAACUGGACUCCGACUUCAAGAUCCUGUCAACCUUGCUGAAAGGAGAGCAAGAUGUGAGGAUAGAGGGAACACGAAGAGAAAGAAUCUUUGCUGAUGCUGCCUGGAUGAAGCAGGUGAUUGAAGAGCAGCUUCAGCUUGAGAGAGAGAGGGAGGCUGAGUUUGACCUCCUGCACAGGGAGGAAGCUCAACGGGUGUGGGAGAAACGAGAAGCAACUUGGGAGCAUGAGAGAAAAGCCAGAGAACUACUCAUGCAUCAGGUGCUCUCCGGAAGACGGAAGCAGAUGGAGGUGAAAAUGCAGAAAAAUCGCGAAGCUCAAAUGGAAUCCCUGAGGAAACGAGAUGAAUUGAUCCAGGAGCUGGAGAAGGCGAAUGAGCUCAGACGCCAGGAGAGGGAGCUCAAACACCAGGAGAGCGAGAGAGAGAAGCGCCGUCAAGCAGAACAGGUGCAAGAGACUGAUGAGCAGCUCCAAGAACAGUGCAGAAUAGAGGAAAUACAAGAUGAGAUGGAUUCACAGCUCAGCCAGGAGGCGUUGCUAAAGCAGAGCAUAGUCAAUAGAGCAUUCCAGCCAAGGAUACACGCCAGGCCUCGAGUAGCAUGGACAUGA